CCGGAGCCGGGCGCCGCCGCGCCGCCCCCGCUUCGCCCCCUCCCCGCGCCCGGGGGGCGCUGGCCCGCGCAGCCCCCGGCGGCUCCGCGGCGGCCGGCUCCGCCGCGCUGCCCCAGGGCUAUGAAUAAAGCUAAGGCCGAUGGGUGGACAGGUACAGGUGCCCAUCUCCUGCGCGCAGGGCUAGCGCUGGCGUCCCAGCCCACCUCCUCAAACGGGAGGGAAACAAAGACGGCGAGAGAGGCAGGGAGAGUUGCCUUUCUUCGUAGCUCCCUGCAAAGUCAGCCAGCGCAGACGAGACGAGAGAAGCCCUGCCAUGGCACAGCCAUCGCUACGAGGUUUUAGCCGAAGCCUGGCGUGAUCGCAGCAUCUAGGGACCUGUGGUUACCAAUCAAUUGGUACAAUAGAGCAGAGCCAGGCUGCAAUAGCGUGCAGAUCAGACGUCUCGCCUUGUUUCUAGAUAACUGGGAGCCUCUGUACCAUGUCAUAUCCUCAGUUUGGCUACCCUUACUCCUCUGCACCCCAGUUCCUGAUGAGCACCAACUCCCUGACGACCUGCUGCGAGUCCAGCGGCCGGACGCUGGCCGAGACGGGGGCGGCCGCCUCCGCCCAGACCCCCGUCUAUUGCCCGGUGUACGAGAGCCGCCUGCUCGCCACCGCCCGACACGAACUCAACUCCGCCGCCGCCCUGGGGGUCUACGGCGGCCCCUACGCCGGGCCCCAGGGCUAUGGAAACUACGUGACCUACGGCACCGAGGCUCCCGCCUUCUACUCCUUGAACAGUUUGGAGGCGAAGGACGGGAGCGGGUCUGCGCAUGCGGGCAUCGCCCCGGCGGCUGCCUACUACCCCUACGAUCACACCCUCAGCCAGUACCAGUACGACAGGUACGGCACGAUGGACGGCGGGACGCGGAGGAAAAACGCCACCCGGGAGACGACCAGCACGCUGAAGGCCUGGCUGCAGGAGCACCGCAAGAACCCCUACCCCACCAAGGGUGAGAAGAUCAUGCUGGCCAUCAUCACCAAGAUGACCCUCACCCAGGUGUCCACCUGGUUCGCCAACGCCCGCCGGCGGCUCAAGAAGGAGAACAAGAUGACGUGGCCCCCGCGGAACAAGUGCUCGGACGAGAAGCGGCCCUACGAGGAAGAGGAGGAGGAGGAAGAGGAGGGUUCGCAGGAAGAGGCGAUGAAGAGCGGGAAAGCCGAGGAGCCCACGGGCAAGGAGGAGAAGGAGCUGGAGCUCAGCGACCUGGAGGACUUGGACGCCGCCGAGUCGGAGAGCUCGGAAUGCGAGCUGAGGCGGCCCUUCCCGCACCCGCAUCCGCUCCCGCACCCGCUCCCGCACCCGGGCGGCAGCCACCCGCCGCGGGCCGCCGAGCCCCCCGCCAAGAUGCCGCCGCCGCCCGCCGCCGCCGGGGAUGAGGAGGAGGAGGAGGCGGCGGCGGAGCGGGCGCGGAGCUGCCUGAAGACGGCGGCGGCGGAGUGCGGCCCCGACCUGCUCAGCGCCCGGCAGCGCGGCUGCGAGUCCAAAAUGUGCUUCCAGCAGGGGCAGCAGCUGCUGGAGGCGAAGCCCAGGAUUUGGUCCCUGGCGCACACCGCCACCUCCCUCAACCAGGCCGAGUACCCCUCCUGCAUGCUGAAACGGCAGGGGGGCUCGGCCGCCGCCGCCGUCUCCGCCCCGGUCAGUGUCAUCGACAGGCACCAGGAUUCGCCGGUCACCAACCUCAGGAACUGGGUGGACGGGGUGUUUCACGACCCCCUGUUCAGGCACAGUACUUUGAACCAAGCCCUGAGCAACACGACAGUUUCCUGGGCUACCACCAAAGGAGCCAUUCUGGAAACGGGCGCCUUGGGACGCGCGGUGGGGAACGGCGCCAACGUGCUCAAGGGGCAGCUCUCAACCUUGGCCCACCAUGACUCUAACAAAGAGUUUCUGGCGUUUCCCAAAUCAGGAAGCAAAAUGUUUUGUUCCUAACAGGCCCGCCGAUGGGGCGAAGGACUUGCUAACGCUUGAAGAGUCAGCUACACUGAAAAGAGACUUGCGAGAGUUUAAAUUUAAAUAUAAAACUUUUUCUUUUCCUUUUUUUGUUUUUUAAACAACAGAAACGAGGAUUUAAAGUUCAGUUUGCUCAGUUCAACGGACAGACUUUGCUCACUGCUGUUCUGAAGAAUUUCUCCUGGUUGCGACUUUAAGGGAUCAAUGUCGUGAAAGUUAUUUAAUUCCAUGUCCAAAAAGCACGUGCUAUAGCGUAGACCUACUUAAAAAGUUUACAUCCGAAAGUUUACAAACGGGAAAUUUUAAUUCAGAUUUAAUUUAAGGCAUGCCGACAUUAGUUAUAAAGACUUUUCAAGAGUUUUUCCUCCUGAUUUCCUUGUUAGCAUAUAAUUCACAAACAGCACUUCUACUAAGUUUACACCUACUGCACAAAUUUAUCUUGACAAAAUAAUAAAAAAAAAGAGAAUAUGUUAAAAGGUAUGUUCACUCCAAUAAAUUGUCUGUUUCAGAGGUAACACAAGUGGUGGCGUUUUGCAUUGCGCAACAAACACGUUUUAAGUUUCAAAAUUCCCCCUCUGAGCCGGUCCCGGUAAUUCCAAGGACUGUCAACAGGCUACUGGGAGAGCGGAAAAGAGUCUCAGCGGAGCGCUGCCGCGGGAGGAUGGAUCCGCGGGAGGGAUGCUCGGCUGCUCUCCGCGCUUUACCGUGCCCCCCGCGGCUCAGCGCUUGCGGCCCGGCAGCCUCCCGGGACGGCGGGGCGGCAGCGGGGGCGCCGGCUGCCCGCUGAGGCGAGGCGGAGGGGGAGCAUUCCCCCCCCUUCAUUCCCCCCCCCGACCUGCGGGCGGGCGGGGGUCGGCCCCCAAGGGUCGGGCUCGGCCGCGGCGUCGCCUCCGCAGUGCGCGGAGCAACUGAUUCACAUGGAAAAUUUGAUCUUUUAAAGAACCGUUUUAGCUUUCCAGCUCCUCUGCCAGUAUGGAGAAUCGCUGAUCCUCCAUGAAUAUUUCAGCACUUCAGGACAGAUGCUUUACCGUUUUGACAUUAAAUAGAGUGCAGCCAACAAAAAGAGAAAGAGAAAGAGAGCGAGCGCACUCGACGUGUGAUUCAGGAGCACUCGCAGCCAAUUUACCACUUAGGUAACAGGCGUUUAAAAGAUUUCCUUUCUUUCCCCGGAACGGGAACAAACUUUACUGAGCCCCGGACCGGGAGAGAGGCAGAACUGCUGGAAAAGAAACUGCGAGGCAGUAACAGACCUCGGCUUACCCAGACCGGCCUAAAGCCCCGGGCUGCGGCACCCGGCGCUGCGGGGGGAAGAGCAAAAGCGCCCGAAGGACCGAGCUGACACAGGACAAGCAGAAGACUCUUUCUUGCCCAUCCCACUCCUGCGGCUCCCCGCCAGCCCCCCACUCUAAAUAAAUAAAUAAACAACUAAGACUACAACGCGGAAUAUAUAGAUAUAUAAAGGCAACAAUAAACGCAACCGAGACAGCACCCAGCCAAAUGUAACGUACUCCACCCCGCAAAGUUUCUAGCGAGACCUGUUAGUGCAAAGACUGAAUAAAGGAAUCCGGGUGCGGAGAUCAGAUCAAGCCCUUCCCCUCUCUGCGAGCAGCCGUAAUUGGAUUGUAUCCAGUCAUAUUCCCUGUCAUUGUAUUGACUUUCGCUCUCUUGGAUGAUAUUAUCGAGAUCAC